AUGAACAACAGCCAUAUUGAACAUUUUGAGUACACUGCCAAAAUCCAAGCCAUAUCUUGGCAGUUUGAAGAGUACUACAUCCACGUCACCAUCAUGGUCUUUCUUAUGGUGGUUAUCCUGCUGAAGAUGGUCUACAAUUAUGUGAUCUGGGUGAGCACGUACAUUCCCGAGUCACUAUUGCUCAUUUGUGUAGGUGUGAUCUUCGGCGCCCUGAUCCGGUUCGCCCAGGUAGACAAAAAUAUUGACACCUGGCAACUGACUCCGAAGCUCUUCUUUGAGUUUCUGUUGCCUCCCAUUGUCUUAGAGGCAGCAUACAGCCUCUAUAAUCGGACAUUUGGAGAAUUUCUCGGCACGAUCCUCGUCUAUGCUGUUCUCGGCACUGUGCUUAACUUUCUACUCAUCGGCCCAGUUCUGUAUGGUCUCGACUGUCUGGGUGUAAUGGGCUCGCCUACUCUUCAUCUCGACCUAAAAGGCUACCUUCUCUUUAGCUCUCUCAUUGUUGCUGUCGACCCUGUGGCUGUACUGGCCAUCUUUCAAGAUAUCGGAGUGGAUCUAGGCCUUUACUACAUGGUGUUUGGUGAAUCACUGCUGAACGACGCUGUCACCAUCGUGCUGUACCAAAUCAUGCAGGCAUUUGCCGGCAAAGAGCAUAUUACUGGCGGAGAGAUCGCGGUCGGAUUAGCCUCAUUUUUUACAGUCAGUCUUGGCGGUCUACUUGUUGGAGUCUUGCUUGGAGUGGCUACCUGCUUCUUGACCCGUAUCUACAGCUCCAUGGAAGUCAUCAUUGUGUUGAUGCUCGGCUAUCUGGCCUACAUAAUGGGCGAGGUAGUUGGCUGGUCGGGCAUCAUUUCUAUGAUUGGCUGUGGUCUUGUGCAGGCCUCGUACGCUUUCCACAACCUUCAGACGACCAAUGUGACGGUGGUGAAGCACAUCAGCAAAUCGGUGGCCGAGUUGAGCGAAGCCGUCAUUUUUCUUUUCAUCGGCAUCGAGUUAUUCCGCAAGAACCUCACAUGGCAUACCGGGUUUCAUCUCUGGAGCCUGACAAUCUGUCUGGUUGUUCGACUCUCCGUGGUGCUCCUCCUCACGGCCAUCAUCAACUGGGUGCGUGUGGAUGGUGUGAAGAUAUCGAUGACGCAACAGUUUAUUGUAAUAUACGGUGGCCUCCGAGGCGCCGUGGCAUUUUCUCUCUCGGUCUUGAUCCGAGAGUCUUCACUCGACUUUUCAGGAAAGGGAGGCAAAGAGAUGAAGAGCACCUUCAUCACUGCUACUCUCUUCAUCAUUCUCUUCACAGUCGGCUUCAUGGGCAUGACAAUGAAGCCACUGGUCCGGUUGCUUAAGAUCAAAAUGCACACCAAAACGGGACUGAGUCUAUUCAACAAACUCAACGACCACAUCAUUGACCAGGUGCUUGCGGGCAUCGAGACGGUCAGUGGCGAGAGGGGUCGCAAUCUGGUGCGUGAGUGGUGCAUUCGUGUGGAUGAUCGCUACGUGCGUCGAGUGCUGCAGCGAGAUCCGGCCACACACGACCACAAGAUCGUCAAGGUCUACGAGAAGAUGGCUCUCAAAUUGCACUACGCCACAAUACGACCAGACCAGUCAAUGCUUCACUUGGACGAACUGCCGGUCACCAUCAGGACGAAGCAUCUCAGCCAGACGAUGUCCACCCAUCAGUUGGCCAGUCUUGGCUCGAUGGUGAAUCUGGAGGAACUCCAGUUCCAUUCGUACGCGGAGAAGAUAGCCUUUACAACAGUGCCGGAAGAGGAGGAAGAAGAAGAGGACGGCGAAGAAAGCAGACGAGAAGAAAGAGAACGGGACGAACACAACAUCUGCUGGCGCGAGAGAAAGUGUUCAACAUUCAGCGACCACAAAGAACUGUCGGUGGAGCCGAUUGAAUUCCGCUCGCCACGACGAAUAAGUCUGCUGGAUGGCGGUAGGCAUCAGGAGGACUUCCGGCAUGCCUUCAUCGAGUUGAUCCGCUCCAAGGGUCUGGCGUUAGAUUGUCAGUUGCGUAGGGGCUCUUGUGAGGCCAGUUUCAACAAGCCAGACAUGUGGAGACGGAAGACAGCAACUAUAGUUGCCUCAGACCGACCCCGUGUCAGCGUGUCUGGCCUGGAUAGUGAUCGGCGAGCCUAUAGAAACAUGGCUUUGGACGUCGGGGAAGCGAUGGUGUUGCGGUCACGGAGUGAACUUGCUGAAGCAAACAAGCUAGCUACACUACCGGUUGCCAUGCAUGCGCCAUCCUCAGUUGCCACGGUGAGAACAAGUGUGAAUCAGCACGGAGGGGCACAUACCGAUGAGUCGGUCGUUGAACUAUCACACCAGCCGAAUAAGGCGUCUCGAACCACACUUUUGAGGAAUUUGCCAGCUCCGGAGCAGAAUAUUAUGCAAAAAUCCAGUUUUUCUCAAAUAAGUGUAGUUGAAGACCAUGACGAUUCAAUACCACGAAAUUCCACCUGUUCCAAAGCCCAAGAACUUUCAGUUGCAGCACCAGAAUUGGUAGAGGCUGCGAAGGAGCCUGAGGAUAAGCCUAUAACUAAAGGAUCUUCGGCAUUCUGCUCCAAUGAUCAAUCCACUGGAAAUUAUAUUGGAAGAAUUCCAAAAAUUAUCAUUGAACUUGACUCAACUGUUCAAUCCGAGCCCCAAGAAGCCCCACCAAAGUGGUGUUCGAAAAAGUACCCAAAAGAGAAUGGAAAAGAGCAUGUCUUUGCUGACGCUUUCCAAUGA